UACAUUGCAUACGGCAGCGUGUUCAUGCCAACGGUUUUUGGCAUUAUCUGCUUGCUGGGCAUAAUAGGGAACGUGAUAGUCAUCUUCACCGUGUUCAGUAAGUCAAAGUUCAGGUGUAGAAGCAGCGUCCCCGACAUAUUCAUCGUUAAUUUAUCGGUUGUGGACCUGCUUUUCCUGCUAGGGAUGCCAUUCCUCAUUCACCAGCUGCUGGGUAACGGAGUGUGGCACUUUGGAGAGACUGUGUGCACGAUCAUUACAGCCCUAGACACCAACAGUCAGUUUACCAGCACCUACAUCCUGACUGCCAUGACACUUGACAGGUACCUAGCGACUGUCUACCCCCUCGCCUCUGCGCGGUUCAGAAGACCCGCUGUUGCCGUUCUAAUAAUUAGCAUCCUCUGGGUCAUGUCGUUCCUCAGCAUCACUCCCGUUUGGAUGUACGCCCGGCUGAUUCCUUUGCCCGGUGGAGUGUUAGGUUGCGGGAUUCGCUUGCCGAACCCGGAGAUAGAUAUCUACUGGUACACGUUAUACCAGUUCUUCAUCGCCUUUGCCAUACCUUUCACAGUUAUCUCAGUGGCUUACUGGAGGAUUUUGCUCAGAAUGACCUCCUCGGAGGCUCUAACUACGCAGAGAAGUGCCAGGAUAAAGACUAAAAAAGUGACCAGGAUAGCAAUCACUAUCUGUCUAGUUUUCUUCUGUUGUUGGGCUCCCUUCUAUAUGUUGCAAUUGAUUCAGCUGGCGGUAGAUCAGCCGACGCUAUCAUUCUAUUAUGCCUACAAGGUUGCUAUCAGCCUGGGCUACGCAAACAGCUGCCUAAACCCGUUUAUUUACAUUGUGCUGUGUGAAACCUUUAGGAGGAGAUUCAUAGUGUCGGUCAGACCCGCUGAAGACGCGCAAAGCCCCGCCAGGAGCAGACGGAAUCCCAGAAAAACGGAUCACCAUUCUGAGCAACAGCAGUUACCGUUGGUUUCGGUUCCCGGGAGAUAGAUUGUCCGAUUGCAGUUGUUUUCCCUCAAAGAUUUCAUAACAUGUUGUUUUCAUGAACGAAAACCAGCACUUACGUCUUUGCCAUUGCAUAAAACUGUCUUAUCCUAGGUAAUGAAUUUGUAGUUUUUGGUGUGAUUGAGUGUGUCGAUUCAGGUAAAGAGUGAUGUUAAAAUGUACAGAUGUGUUGUCGUUAGUUCCUACUCGUAGUUUUUUGUAAAGUUUAUGCACGUAUUUAAAACUUAGAAAAUAGAUGGUUAACAAUAAUGAAUUGUGAUACUAGAAUUUCCAUAUCAUACACUGUUCCCAAUGACAACAGAACUAGAAUCAGCACCUUGGACAGUGCUUAUCUCAAACGGUCUGAUAAAUCUUCAUAACGCUCAUUCAAUGCUUGAUUACAAUCAAACCGGGUGCCAUUGGACAUUUCACUAAGCACCUUCUGAAAAAAACAACAACUUUGUUUUAAUCAUGA